AUGCCGCAGACCGCAAGCGAUGCCAUGUCCUUGCUAUCCCAUUCCAAGUCGAGAAGUGACGAGACAGGUAGGUGUGUGUGUACGCUUUCUGCCGCUCGCUUAAAAGAUAGAGGUGCUGGCUUGCACGCGAGGGCCGCUGCUGGAUUUCCCAUUGUCGGUGUGCCAGGCUCGAGCCGAGAGCAGGCGAGGGGCGCGAUGUUUGUUGCUCGUUGUAUGGGAGUUGGCCCGGACGCGGAGUCGGGGAAACGCACAGCACACGGAAGUGUGUAG